AUGCAGUCUGUCCACUUGAUCGUGCUCAUACAUGGUCUUUACGGAUCCACACUCAAUCUUGCAGCGGUGAAACAAGAACUUCUCGCGCUUUCUUCUCCUGAUGCACCGGCGUCAAGCUCACGCAAACAAUCUAUAGAGACAGUGGUGUAUCUUCCUGAGGGCAUCAAAGGGCCAAGAACAUGGGAUGGAAUCGAUCUUUGUGCUUUGAGAAUAGUAGAAGAAGUCGACAACGAGAUUGAAAGGUUAGAAGAUGAAGGGAAAGAUGUGGUCGGAUUCAGUGUGAUGGGAUAUUCUCUUGGUGGACUUAUAUCACGAUACCUGAUCGGUGUUCUACAUGCCAGACAACCAUCUUUCUUCUCCCGUCACAAACCCAUAUCAUUCUCUACAGCAGCCACUCCUCAUCUCGGCGUACUGAAAUAUGGUACUCUGACAAAUACUGUCGUUCAUGCUGUCGGGCGUCAGUUGUUCAGUCGAAGUGGAAGACAAAUAUACUGCAUGGAUGAAGAACCCGAGUGGGGUGGAAGAGGGUUAUUGGAAUUCAUGGCUGAUCCAGGGGAAGAUCACGUCUUUGUCGAGGCUCUUCGACUGUUCCCCAAGAUCAUGAUCGUUGCCAACGGUUGUCAAGAUAAUACUGUUCCUUACCCUACAGCAUCAAUUUCUGCUUCUGAUCCUUUCAUCGAUCUAUCGACUGUCGAAGUCGAUACAGAUGCUCACCAUAUAAUCAAAUCGUAUCGGAAAAUAGAAAUACCAGAUCCAGAUGAUCUUCCCGUAGAUCAUAGUAGAGAAAUCGAAGAUGACGGUGAAGAAGUUGAAAUAAAGAUAAAGAUCAUCAAAAAUCCAAUAAGUAGAGUAGCAACAGAAUGGAAAGGUAGAAGAAGGCAACCAUUACCACCACCUUUCAUGGCGUUUCCCUGGCCCUUGAACUAUAUGUUGUUCUUGAUAUUUCCCUUGCUCCUGCCAUUCGUCUUGGUCUUUCUGACCGGAGCCAUAACUUUUCAAAAUUUCCACUCACGCCGGAGAAUCCGUACACAUCGCGACACAAUUGAAAGACAACCUCUCCUUGUCCCUUCAUCAGCUUACCUGACGGAAACAAUCCAAUCUACCGCUCGGGAGAUUAGCGAUAGCCUUUCAUCAUCCAUACGACCUGAUACAUCUAUUGAUGGGAUAUCGACACCGCCGCUCUCGGAUCCUGUUGAACACAGCUCGAAGACACCUCUACUCCUCACCCCAGCCCAAAAGUUGAUGAUACGUAAUCUAAACCACGCAAUGCCUCAUGCUCAAAGGGUGGUUGCGUGGUUUCCUUGGGCGUUCAAUAGUCAUGCUAUGUUGAUCUGUCGUGAUACGGCUAGAUUUCCUUGGCAAGAAGAUGGUAGGGGAAUUGUCAAACUCUGGGCUAAAUUCGCUCAUUCUGCUGUGUUUCAAGUGAUAGGCGGAAAAGAUAGCGGUGAUGUAGAAAUGCAUGGUCGAACAGGUGAAUAG